AUUUUUCUACGCUAACGGUGUGACACAACGACGGUGUUGCAAAAUUUUCGGGGAUCAGUUGAAAUUUACGAAGUGAUCGAUCGGGGUGAUAAAUUCCACCGAGGAUCGUUUCGUUGAGCCGACAAGUUUAUCAGAGAACCAUCCGCAGCAUGUCCUCGGAGUACUCGUUCUGCAGCGAGGGCGGCUUCGACGAGCUCUCAAGUUCCUCGGACUCCGGUUUCGACGUGAGCUUCGAAUCGCCGAAGCACGAGGUACAAUCAGACACCUUGUUUCCACCGGCCAAGGAAGAAAAGCGGAAGAAAACCCGAAACACGCGGUGCAAGAGUCCCACACAGGUGCUCAGAUUGAAAAGGAGCCGUCGGAUAAAGGCGAACGAUCGCGAACGACACAGGAUGCACACGUUGAACGACGCGCUCGAACGUCUGCGGAUGGCGUUGCCGACCUUUCCGGAAGACACGAAACUCACGAAAAUCGAGACCCUCCGUUUCGCCCACAACUACAUCUGGGCACUGUCACAGACGUUGGGGAAUUCCGAGACAGGCGAGAUCACGGUGAACGUCGGCAACGUGACGGUCAGCAUCAGCGAGAAUGGAAACAUGAUCACCUCCUCGACCGGAAGUUGCGCGGUGGCCGCGCAGAAACGACUCGGCCCGUCGCACGCCGUCUUUCCCUAUCCACAGGAAAGAUUCGUGCCCGAAUGGCAGGAGUACGACUGCUACAGCGAUCAGAGUGUCAGCCCGCCGAUGCAGUAUCAGCAGUGUUACGAUCAGAGGAUGUACCACGCGCAGCAUCAACUUCCUGCGCCGCAUCACAUGGGACACGGCAACAUGUACCAGUGUCUUUAGAUAAUUCUUCGUGCACGGUUCCCAUGGGUGAUAACAGAAAUGAUCGCAACGAUCACGGACAUUGAUGGUUUCAUGUUCAUCGUCGAAGAAGUUGUGAACAUAUAUUACGUGAACGAUGGCAAUUUUGAAUCAAUUAAGGAGACUAAGGAGUGUAACUAAGCAGAGGAAUUUUAUGGACGAGUUUUGAGGGAAUUUUCAGGGUUAGUAUUUUCGGAGCUUCGAGAUGAGUUUAGUACUUGCAGAGUAGAUAUAGAUAUUAGUAAUCACGCUAGUCGCGUGAGUCAUCGCCGCCAUUGUGUCGUUGUAGCGAGCAACGAUACCUCAGAAAUUUGCUCACGUUCACAAGUGAAUUAUAAAUUGACAACUGAUGAAAUUCCGACGAAUGCGGAUGAAUAGUUAGUUAAGUAACGUGUUUCCAACUCCGUAAGAUCUUUAAAUACAGGUACUAAGAUCUGAUCGAAGCUGAAGUUUCCACUGUCGGAAAUCAACAGCCGAAGACCAAAGAAUUUUUAUC